ACUGUGCAAUAGACUGGUUUGAUCACUUUAGCUAGAGCUGAGGUUUUUCAAACAGUCAGGUAUUGAAAGAUUGGCCGUACUUUGCAGAUAACAUGAGGACCAGUUACAUAAUUGCAGCCUUCCUAAUAACAUUUAUUGGACCGGGACAAAGUGAGACAGUUGAACAUGCCCCAACCGUCACACCCCUAAACUAUGUAGGGAAGAUCACCACCGACACAGUCAUAUUGACAACACCACGAUGCUACUUUGGAAUCCCAACCAACUCAUCUUGCAACCAGACUGACUGUGAGAUCUGGUUGGUGCCCGCACUGAACUCCUCAAUCAGCACUUUUGAUGCAGAUCAAACAGACCCUGAUAUUUUGAGCCUGUCCCCUUAUCCCACUGCAUUCACUGCCAACGGCUCCAAGAACUAUUUCCUGACUAAAGUGGGACUCCUGAAAGACUUCCUGUGUCCGUCUGCAACUGUUCGAAACUCUGGAAGCACUUACUUCAGAGUGGGAUCAGAGGGAAGCUGUACCACUGCUAACUGCAACGGAGUGUUACCUGAUGGCUCCACUGUGAACUUUAAGUAUCUCGUUCUUGAUCCUGCCAACAAGGCGAUUUUAUCCGAGACAAAGUGGUCUGAUGACAUCUCUCUCUACACCUCUCAGAAUCUUGAUGCCAUUGAUGACAGCCUUCCCGGGAGAUCCGCUGCAAUGGUGGUCAUCACAGCAAUCCUGUCUGUUGCCCUGUUUCUCCUGCUGGUGUUACUCGUGACCAUGCUCAUAUUAGCUCUGUGCUGGGAUGAGAAGGAGCCAAUCCAAGCUCUAGGAUCCCUGCGCAUUCCACAGUAUGACACUCACCACUUUAAGGACCCAGCUCCACAUGUUAACCCAGCUUAUGAACAUGAUCAGAGAGGCCACCCUAUAUUCAAUGUACCCAGUCCCAUUAAGCUUCAGGAUUUUGAUGAAUAAAUCAUGAUGUGUAGCCAAUAUUCCAACACAUGUCAUAUUUUGGUGAGGAAGUGGCUUAAAUAAUGAUUUUGUUAUAGAACAUUCCCAGACACUUUUAAACAAAUCCACAUUUCAUGUAAAAUGACUAAAUAUGAGUGUUGAAAUGUGCUGAAAAAUAAAGGCAUGACUAACAAGA